UUUGGCGCCAAGCCCGGAGUAUUCGACGACAGGGCGGGCUGCUGGCCUCCGCGUUCUGGGUCGGCGUUAGAAUUCUGGACCGGACCGGAAAGCCGGAGCGGGUGUCGCCUUGAAACUCCUCAGGGAGGCUGUGGGUUCGAGUCAGGAAUUGAUUAUUUUACUGCCACUCUCCUUUCAACAUGAAGGAGGAUCAAGUUGUGCAGGAAGAAUCGGGAUUCCAAGACGAUGAGGAAUCUCUGUUUCAAGACAUUGACCUGUUGCAGAAGCAUGGAAUUAACAUGGCUGAUAUUAAGAAACUGAAGUCUGUAGGAAUCUGUACCAUUAAAGGGAUACAAAUGACAACAAGAAGAGCCCUCUGCAAUGUCAAAGGCCUCUCAGAAGCCAAAGUGGAAAAGAUUAAAGAGGCAGCCAACAAGCUUAUUGAACCAGGAUUCCUAACUGCAUUUCAGUACAGUGAAAAGAGGAAGAUGGUAUUCCAUAUCACUACUGGGAGCCAGGAAUUUGAUAAAUUACUAGGAGGUGGCAUUGAAAGUAUGGCAAUUACAGAAGCUUUUGGAGAAUUUCGUACUGGAAAAACUCAGCUGUCUCAUACCCUCUGUGUGACAGCUCAACUUCCAGGAACAGGCGGCUACUCAGGAGGAAAGAUUAUCUUCAUUGAUACAGAAAAUACUUUCCGUCCAGAUCGCCUUCGGGACAUUGCUGACCGCUUCAACGUAGACCAUGAAGCAGUACUGGACAACGUGCUCUAUGCUCGUGCCUAUACUAGUGAGCAUCAGAUGGAGCUACUUGACUAUGUGGCAGCCAAGUUUCAUGAAGAAGCUGGCAUUUUCAAACUAUUGAUCGUUGACUCAAUAAUGGCACUUUUUCGAGUGGAUUUCAGUGGCCGUGGGGAAUUGGCUGAACGCCAGCAAAAAUUGGCCCAGAUGUUGUCACGACUCCAAAAAAUCUCAGAAGAAUAUAAUGUUGCUGUUUUUGUGACCAAUCAAAUGACUGCAGAUCCAGGAGCAACUAUGACCUUUCAGGCUGAUCCCAAAAAACCCAUUGGUGGACACAUUCUGGCUCACGCUUCCACAACAAGAAUAAGCUUGCGCAAGGGAAGAGGAGAACUGAGGAUUGCCAAGAUUUAUGACAGCCCCGAGAUGCCUGAAAAUGAAGCCACCUUCGCAAUAACCGCUGGAGGGAUCGGGGAUGCCAAGGAGUAGGUGGGGAAUUGGUACAGACUGCUUUUUGCUGCUUAUUAGGGGCUGGAGAAGUGGGAAGCAGCCUUGAAUUUACAUCUUGAAAUAAGAGUUUGUUUUUUCCCCCAUGUGUUAUUAAAAGAAAGUCAGCAAAAGCGAUGUAAAGCUUAUAUUUAUCUUAAAAGUUCCUUCCUGAUAUGUAACCAACUAUAUAUAUACUGCAUGUUGAUUCAGAAAUAUGCAUACAUAUUCUUGAAUUACUUGAUAGACACAUAUGCAUAAAUGUGCCUGUCAGGUAUUGGGGAAGGGGUACCCAGUGCCCUUCCUUCUGCCUACUAAAGUAAGCCAUUGAGCACACAGAAAUUCAAAGGAGCUCAGAGAUGUAUCAUCCCCCCCGACCCCGCAACCCCAGACUUCUCAUCCAGCAUUUCUUGGGGCAUAGCACCAAUGGCUAUGGUGCUGGGACUGAGAACUGGAUGCUGUUCCCCAAGAGAGCUCAUGUGAGGUGAAAGCUUGGAGUAUACAUGAGCUGUUUGUAGUCACCCUGGCGGCCUUCACAUGCAUCUUUACAAUAAGAGGAGAGAAGCAUUAAGCCAACUUUUCAAUCAUCUGAUAUGUCAAGUUGAAAUGACUUUUAAAAAAUAUGUUAUGAUAAUUGGGCAUGGUGGUGCACACUUGUAAUCUCAAUAUUUGGGAGGCCUAGGUAGCUUUAGCUACAUAGUAAGUUCAAAACUGGCCUGGGUGAUAUGACACUAUCCAAAAAAGGUAUGUUUUUAUGUUUUGAGUGGAGAAUUCAAAGUUGGUUUUUUUUUUAAUUUUAGAGCUAAUAUAAAUGUAAAAUCUAUAGCUGAGACAUCAAAGAAUUUGUGAAAGAACAUUGUUUUUGAGUGUGUGUGAUUGUCAAAAAUAAAAUCUAGUUUUCAAAAUACAAGACUAUUUAAAAAUUAAAAUACUAAUAUAUAAUUGCUACAGAUGAUCUUUUAUAUUGUGUUAACUAAAAUGAAAUCCAAAAAGUAAAGUAUUUACUA